CACAAGAAAAUGAAACGGAACAAGAAAAUGCCGACAAGAACAUGACGGCAGGUGUGGACAACAUUACAACUGCUGUCGAGAAUAGAACAGGAGAGAGUCACACUAAUCAUGAGACUGCUGCUUUUCACAUAGAGAAGAUGGCUGAGUCGGAGUUCUUAACAGCAGGACAAGACCAACUCCCACUAGUGGGAGAAAAUUUUAUUGACGACAGGAAGAAUCUCACAGCGGCAUCGCGGGAAGCCUACGAGCGUGCUCGCAGUACAGCUAAACAGGCACUAAAAACACUCGCAGCCUUUACUUCAUCCACCUCAUCAACUUCGACUACAAUUACGGGUUGUUGUAAGUUGACCGAUCUCUAAAUGAGCAUAUCUAACUCUGGCUUCUUCAAAGCCAUGGAAAUAUGCGAGCUAGAGCGGUCAACUUCCAACCGCUAAGACAGCUUCGACUUCAACACAGA